AUGGCGACGAGUCCAAAGGAUAAAUUUGAGGCUGCUGUGAAAGUAAUUAGGGGUUUGCCGAAAAAUGGAUCCUUCCAACCGUCAAAUGAUCUGAUGUUAAAGUUUUACAGUUACUUUAAGCAAGCAACAGAAGGUCCCUGCUCGUCACCCAAGCCAGCAUUCUGGGAUCUGGUCAGCAAAAGGAAAUGGGAAGCCUGGUCAAAUUUAGGAGACAUGCAGCAAGAAGAAGCCAUGCUGUCAUACGUGGAUGAACUGAAAAAAAUUGUAGAGACGAUGCCGCAGACGGACGCAGUGACCGAGUUCCUGCAGAAGCUGGACAACUUUUAUGAGAUGGUUGAGGACAGCGAGAACCAUAACACACUCAAGAUGGUGGAUAUGACGAGGAUGAAUGGUUCCAUCGGUCUUGCUUCUGAAAAGGGUGAUGAAGGUGACCUGCCUGCCUCCUUCAGGGUCACGCAGCUCCUGAAGCAUGAUGUCAAAUGCUGGAAGGACAACACAGGGUUGCUUGCAGGCAGCAACAAUGUUACAAAUGAUGAUGAUGACGACGAAGAUGACGACGAUGAAGCUGAUGAUAGAGAUGAACAUGAUAGACAGAAACAUUUUCUGAUGGAAGUGAAUGCUGGCAGUGUCAGUUGUGAAAGAUGGGGGCAGUUGGAUGAAUCAAGACUGUCGGUCAGUCACUCAGAUUCUUCUGGAGAAACUGAGUCGGAGACUGAAGAGUUUUGUGAUACGUCUGACGACCCUGUAGAGCUGGCCAUUCCUUCAUCUUCUCAUGCAUUCGUCAGUUGCCUUCCACCGUUGGCAGAAAAGUCCUCAAAAACAGCUCCUGCUAAUGGUGGGAAGUCUGUUCAUUUCAACCUCAGGAAAGUGGACUUUGAUACAGCAGACAGCCUUGUUCAAAAUUCUGCUGAGGGGGAUGCACAAAUUUCUGACCCACCAGAUGAUGUCCAUCCAGUUGAUGAACAGCCAGUUGAUGUCCAGCCAGUUGAUGUCCAGCCAAUAGAUGUCCAGCCAGUAGAUAUCCAGCCAGUAGAUGUCCAGCCAGUAGAUGUCCAGCUGGUGGACAGUUUGCCUGCUGUGGCCUUAUCUGACCCAACCCAUGCUGAUGAAAUGGACAUUCUGAUAUGCAGGGGUGGAGAUGAACCUGGCAGAGACAGAAGGAGGUUAGGGGGAGGGCAGGGGGCCAGAGAAGGAGGCGACUCAGCAGGCAGGGACUCUCACAGUGGUAGUGGUGAAGCUGGAGGAAGUAACCCAGGAGGUGGCGGUCAUCGCGAUUUCUUUUCUGGACCCGGCGGUGGAGGUGGCUGGAGGGGAGCUGGCACCGGUGGAAACAUGAGCCCAACAGACCUGAACGAGCAGAUUGUGGUGACUCUGCUGCGGUUACAGCAUGAUAUGGGUGGUGUGUUGAACCGGUUAAACAGUCUUGAGGCUCUGGUUAAAGAAGGAAAAAAGGAUAAAGAAAAGACAGUCAAGAUAAGAAAGAGCUGGUGGCCAUUUCCUGAUCUGUCUGUCAAGUCAGCGCUCAUAAUUUUCGUGUGGCCAUUGUUGGUACACUGCGUUAUUACAUACAUCAGCCACAGAAGGAGAAAGCUGCGCAGGUAG